AUGCGCGUUCGCUACCCUUUCGCUAGUAAGAUUCGAGAACUGACUAUUCUGGUUCUGGCUUCCCAACUAAUCGCCUCAGGUGCUUUCAUCUUCCUGCUCUUCUUAGCUGGUUACAUCGGUCUUCUUCCACACAGCACCUCUUCAACGAUACCAACACAGCUUCAACCCAAUGACAAGUUCCUUCAUCUCGUCACAUUUUUCCUACUCUCGGCAAUAUUCUACUGGGUCUUGGACACUACCCGUCGGCGCACGCUACACGUGACCCUCGUGGUUUGUACAUUAGGGCUGGGUGUAGGCUCUGAAGUUGUGCAGGGUUUCCUUCCAAAUGGUCGAGACUUUGAUAUAUUUGAUAUCGUCGCCAAUGUUGUCGGUAGUAUAGGCGCCAUCGGAAUUUGCAACUGGUACCACCGGCGCAUGAUGGAACGCCGCCGACAAAGUCGGUAUGGCAUUACGGACGAAGGCACUGAGGAUGUCGAGCUCGGCGGGGUUCUCGGGCACUCACGUCGCGAUUCAGAAGUCAUGGCCCCGCAGGAAUCCGGUGUCAUGAGUCUUGAGCAGGAAGUUGACAACUGGGACGAGAAUGCGGUUGACAAUUGGGAUACGGAAGACGCGCCGGGUCCUGAGCGAGAGGCUGCUCCUCCCAGUUAUCAUGAGACUGGCUCUGUCGGCUCGAUUCCUGCUGUGGCAAAGCGUAUUGAUUAA